AUAUUUGUAAAAUGCUAAAAGUAAUAAGAUAGUUAAAUUUUGGCUGGUGUCUCUUCGCAGGGAGUCCAAACAGGGUCUAUGAAAUAGUCCUAGAGUGAAAACUGUGGUUUUCUGGCAAAAGACGCAGACAGUACAUGAAAAUAUUAAGGGUCUUAAUUUCUUAAGGGUCUUAAAUGGUCUGAAUUAAGAACAAUUAUUUAUUACAAUGAAGAUAAUUUCUGGGCAAUACUAGGAGUGCAUUAGAAAAUGGGAUGUUGAAUAGGCUCUUCAUUGGCAUGGCAUUUUGCACGGUACUAAUUUGAAGAGCAGAUGAGAUUUUCAAAUAGUUAUUAUAAAUACAUUUAUACUGCAAUAGUCACUUCAAAAUCACUCUUCUGCUUAAAAAACCAGCUUCUGCCAAAUUAAUUUGUUUAGCAGUCUUGGAAAGCACCAAAUUAAUGGUGUUUGUUUAUUUUAAUCAUCUGUGAAUAUUUGCUGCAAUAUGCCAUUUCAAAUUACAAAUUCCCAACACUGGCUCAGUAUUUGCAGAGACACCCUGACUUAGUUGCCCUAAUUCAUCUAGGGUGUGUCUUCCAGGCUGCCUGCUGAAGAGGGCAGGCUGGAGAACAGAGUGGUCAAAGACCAUUUUUCUUCUUGCCUCAGUUUGGGAUGCAAACCCAAGCGUGCGACGGCAUUUGCAGAUAAAGGGACAGCUUGUGGAAAGCCACACAUCUCUCUUUUCAUCUCCUAUCAAAACUCUUAAUGUUGCUGGCUGUUGUAAUAGCUUAUGUGCAAGUGCCCUCAGCAUGUCUGUCCAGGGACUAGCUGCAGCUUCUGCAAUUGCUUCUCACCCACUAGCCACCUUCCUGGGAGCAGUAGCCUUCCUUCCAAGGCCGACUGCAUGAGGGAAGGACUUGCCUGUCACUCUUUUUUUUUGCCUUUCUUCUUUCUCUGUUUUCUCUCUGAGAGUAAGCUCUGACCAGUAAUGCUGCUCUAAACUGCAAUCCUUCUGUUAUGAGCAGGAAUGUCUAAAAGCAGCUUGCUGCAGUACAGGUGAGGACUAGGGAAAAAAGGCAAGAACAUUCAUAACCAGUGGAGCGAGGCAGAGUAAAGAGCCUCCCCUCCAUGCACCUGGUGUGCUGUCUGCAGCAUUUGCAUGAAGCAGGAGUUGAUUUGACCAGGUACAUUCCUUUUCCUUUUCUUUCUGUUCUAGUCUAGACUUGCGAAAUACAAGAGUUAUUCCAACAAAAAUUAAAGAAGGGUCCAAGAGCUGACAGAGAUUAGGUUUUUACUGAGAAAGAAUAGCCAUAAGCAGGAUAUAGAGGCCCCUGCGAAUCUCCACAAAAUAUCAGGAAUUUGAGAAGACUUUUCUGUAUUCCAAAACGUUCAACUCCAUCCAUGACUAGGGUAUUAAUUUUACCUUUUAUAUUUUGGAGUAAUAAUUAAUGGAUGUGGGGGGAAAUUCCAUUUCCUCUCUUUUACAAGGGUAUUUCCACAGCUUUCAAACCUUCAUUUAACAGCUGUCUGCUCUAGUACAUAUGUACAAAACAUUUUCAGAACUAUUAAUGUGUGAUUGCUAUAGUUAAGGUUUGCUAAAGAUUUUUUACACAAAGUCUCUGAGUUCAUUGCUUAAUGCUCCACCAACUAAGGGGAGUGUUUUUAGCAUUUUGACACCUUCAUUUACCAUUCUUAUUUAAUGAUUGUAAGGACUCGUUUAGCAAAACAUUUAAGCAUAUAUGAGAGUUCAGUUACGUAGUUGACUGGAGCUAAUACCCUCACUGAUAUUAUGUAUAUAUUUCAGUAUUUUGGAGAACUAAUAAUAAGAAAUACACCUGCGAAGUAACAUCUAAAUAUUCUUUUCAGUUUUGAGAGUGUGCAAUGUGCUGAGAGCCUACAUUGAACUUAGUAUGAAGAGUAUUAAGAGUAUUUUAAUCCUAUUUUUUGUUUCAUUUCAUAAAUAUCACGUUUUACCCAUUUUCUUUCCUUCUUUUUUAUUCUCCUGUAGAAAGUUUCAGUUUUGAUAUCUCGGAAUUUUUUUUCAGCUUUCUAAGUAGGUGGGGGCAUUUCCAACAAGAUAACUGAAAAAAAAAAGAAUAGUAGGAAAUCUUAGUUUAAUUAACUGAUUUUGUACAAAUGAACUAUCUGGAAUGACAGAGCAGGAACUAGGUGGGAAAAGAACAAUGGCGUGAUUACGCAAUACUAAGGAGUAAUGUAGGACUAGAUUUGGAAAGGAUUUGGAAGCAAAGAGUUUGAGAAUUUAGCUAGUAUUGGAAGUUAUAAGGCAUGUAAACAGGUUAAAUGCCCGCAAAUAUCAUGCCAUAAAAUAUCUUUCAGUUCUGCUAAUUUUAGCUAUCAGAGCAAUUGCAGGCUACAUUCAGUAGUGCCUUGAACCAUUAAUGGCUUUUGAAAAAGUAGUGAUCUUGCUAAUUCUUUCCAGGUACAAGUGAGGAAAGGUUUACAAAGUAGUAAGAGAGGUGUCUGGCAUGCUGGCUGUAAUUUGGAAUGUUAGAAAAUGGCUCUCAGAAAGGCAUAUUGGAAAAGAAAUGAGAGCAUUUAGCAUGAGAUCUUGAGAGGACUCGAAAAAGACACAAGAACAACUAUGGUGAUACAAAACAUGAGAACUGUCAGUGUAGAAAUGAGUCUUUAAAUAAAAUAAAGGCAGAAUUUUGAAAUUACCCUCUCAGAACGGGGAAGAGAAAAUAAAUAUGCAAAGGAAAACUGGGUGUGCUUUUAAUGUAUAAAGGUGCAGGUGAUUUCAUAAUUAAGGAGAAAGAUUGUGAAACUGAACAACUGAAAAUAGGAUGAAAAAUUAAUUACCAGAAAGAAGAGUUUCAAAGUAAUUCUUAAUUUACUGAUAACUGAAAAGAAAUUGAAAGAGGAGAGCCCAGGUACUUAAAGAGACACUACUGUAAGAAAGGUUCAAAAGUUUUACAUGCCUGAUGUGCCUGUAAAUGCUAGCACUUGCAACUGUUCUACUACAGGAGAAUUGUAGAAUUGUACAAUUUGGUGUUGUACAGACUUGGAAAGAUAAAAUGACAGAACAAGGUACCUUUGGCCGCAGAUUGUCUUCAUCAUUCUAGGUUAUUGCUGUUUUCAGGGACAAAAGUGCUGAAAAAUUGCCAGGAACCAGAGGAUGCUAAGGCAAGUGAUAAUCAAGAAGGAAGUAUAGAAAUGUGGUAGUGAAGCAGGAAAUAUUUUAAGCACCUUUGAGUCUGAUAACAGUUUUAUAUACCUGGAGAACUAUAUGCUUGUGAGUAGAUCUUGCAGGUACUUCUCAAACAGUAGUGUGUGAAGUGUUUCAGUGCUUUGCACAGGAGGGCUUCCUCACCGACAUAACUUGGGGCAUUUACCAUUGCAGUACUGCAAAACUGCUUGGCAGAGAGGGAACUUCCCAAGGAUGAAUUUCUCUUUGUAGCUGUUUUUUCAUAAGAUACAGAGUCUUUGCAUGUUUGUGCUUGUUAAAUAUUUAUACUGUGACUCCUUACUCUCCACUGCAUGAGACCGUCAGCAUACUUGGAAGGCAUUUCUGACUGUCCUAAAGGAAGAGAACAGAGGAAAUUACUGUGAGAGCCUGACCUACAGUUGUCUGUAAGUCUGAAUAAGAAAAACUAUGCACAUAUUCACACAAUGACAAAGAAGCCAUUGGGGAUCAACCGUUGGUGAUUUUAUCAGGAAGGAGCUCUAUUAAUGUGCAUCAAUCUGUCGAGCAGCUGUUAGGAAACCUAUUACUGUGGGCUGGUUUACUUUUUCUGGGUAAGUUAGAGCAUUUAAGAGAAAAGGAAAUUUAGAUAGAUGAUGUUGAGCUUCUGCACACUACUGACAAAUUAUACUAUUAUGCAUAAAAUUGUGUAUUUAGUGAACAUGUUAAAAGGCAGACUUUUAUUUGCCAUUAUAUAAUGUAGGCCACUGUGCAUGGGACAUCUAACUGGGAAUGAUUGGUAGCACAAGUAGUUGAAGCAUAGGAUUUUUACAUGAGCAAAGGUUUCUCUCAUACCAUAGGCCAAUCUGAGUUUGAAAAUUGAGAUGAUAAUAGUGAUUAUAGAAUCAGUAAGGUUAGAAAAUACCUUGAAGAUCAUCAAGUCUAACCUUUGAAUGUUCUGGAGCUUUGGAGACUUCCAGAGUAUAUACUUCUGUGUGUUUGUCGUAAAUAAAUCUUUUUAUGGUAACUAAUAAUAUAAAGUCAUCUGAUAUUAAACAGGCUCGAUUCCAAUAUUUUCUUCUGUUAUAACUGCCUACUACAAGUGUUAUGUCACACAAAAUCCCCCACUGUUAGGAAUCACUGUUGAAUCUAAAUUCUGCAUGAGGUUUUUCUCUCUGUAGUCCAGAUGUUUCCUUUGGUUGAUGAGCUCUCUGGAUAGAUUUUUCAUGGUUCACAUUAAGACUUUCUUGUAGGAGGCCAGAGGAGCCUGUGCUGUGGAGGGGCUCAUAGCAGUUGCAGCUGGCUGCUUGGGUUCAGGCACCUGGGCUCUCCACAAGUGCUGGACUGCUAUUUUUGAGUUGCUCCUCAUCCAAGCUUUGUUGAUCUCAGAUUUAUUGUGUUUUACAAGACGGAUUGUCAGAGAACAAGUUCUUUAUCAGGCCCAUUUCUAAACAGGAAGUGUUUUCCUGGUGUAACCGAAGGACUCUACAUGUGUGCUGUUCCAGAGACUUAAAAUCUCAGUCUCUACUCAGUUGUGUUAUUUCCCUCAAUUUCCCUGGAAUUUAGGUGCACUUAGUACAGAAAAAAUCAUGAACUUCUGUCCAGAGAAAUUGCUGUGAGGAUCUGGGUCUUGCUUGGUGUUCUUCCCUUGUAGAAGUGUAUGUGUGUGUGGGAAAUGGGACCAAAUGGCUGUCACUUCCCAUGUGAAAAAUGUCUAGAAGCUGGAUAUAGCCUAGAACUGUUUUUUCAGUUGCUGUGUUACGAUGCCUUCUCCAUUUAGUCUGUAAUCUCAAAGCAUUUCCUCAUAAUCGUGAGGAUAUUACGGCAAUUCCUAUUAGUAACGGGAUUUAAAAACCUUCCCUUCCCUUACAGCUUAUUCAGAGGAUAGUAGGUGUACUGAAUUGAACAAAUGUGUUUUUAUUGUACCUAGGCCAACAUAGUUGAUGGACAUUACCAAAACAUGGAAGACAACUGCCACUGAUUAAUUUAUUGUUGUUUUCCAAACACUUCUCUGGAGCACCUAAUUCCAUUAACUUUGAGUUAGGCACCUAAAUUGACCACCUGAAUUUUCAGAGUAAAGCAUUCCUUACUACUUUAAUUAGAUAAAUGAUAGUGCUCACUAAAUUUAGUUAUGGCUAAAUGAGAAAAGUUCAGGUACCAAAGGUCUCCUUUGUAGUCCAGCACCUCAUUCUUUAUCACAGUCAGUUUAUCUCCUACAGUAAAGGAACUGAAGGUUUCCUGGGGAAAAAAAAGGUAUGUGGGCACGUAAGAAAACUUUCUCUUCUUUCCUAUUUUAUAGAAUGUGGAUUUGCAACCUUAAUAGCAUUUUUAAACAAAAUAUCUCAUUGCAGAAAUUCCAUCAUACCAUGUCAUCCUGACAGAGACCAUGGGAAUGCAUCUCCACCAGAUCAGCUGUGCUGUGCAGACAUAAUGUAGGUGCAUUUAGGACUAUCUUGAGAACAUGCAAGCAAGAGCUGAACCGUGUUUGUUUGUUCUGAAGGGAUGGUGUGUAUAUGGCCUGGUCAUACUCGAUAUUUAGGUAAUACCUCCAUUUGGAAAGAACUGAACUUUUUGGUAAAAAAGAAAUUGAAUGGUUAAAAUUUGCAGAGUUGUGUUUUACAUCUUAAAAUAAGUAAUGUGAACAAUUAUAUAUUCUUGGGUGCAGGAUAUUAAAAUUUAUAUUGUAAGAGCAGCAUAUAUACCAUAAAAUCUACUGCCUCGAAGCUUAACAGAUUGGAAAAAAAAUUAGGAAUAUCAAAAGGGAUGUUGAGUAUUUUCAGAUUUUACCUAAGAAAUGAUUUUGUACUGAUUUUUAAGGAUGUUGGUAGUAUGGAAGAUUUACACAAUCAAGUGAACGUUGCCAGGGGUGCAGACAUUUUCAAAAUAGUCUUAAUUGCCAGAUAAUAUCUCAAAGCCAAAACGCCUUUAUAGGAAAAUACGGUAAUUCCCAUCAACCUGCUUUAAUUCAUGAACUGUAAAGACAAUGAGUGGGGACUGGCAAGGCUUUGUAUUUCCUGAUCAAAUUUUUUUUUUUUUUUUUGGAGAGGGCAGUUCAUUAAAGUCUUAGAAUCAGAUCAGGACAGUAAAGCAGCAGGACAGGUCUAAGCAGGUUUCAUGCUGUUGCAACCUGUACUUUGAAAACUAUUGCUUGUGAUGUCAGGAAAAAAAAAGAUGCACUAAUCAAACAGAGAAAUUCUAGAGAAUUCUCUUAAGCAUUAUUCAUAUUUUACCUGAAAAAAAAUCUGAAAUAAUUUUAAAGUAUGUUAAGAGCUUAGAUACAAUUUGGGAAGGGCAGUACUUCCUAAGCAUCUACUCUCCAGGUUUCUUAAAAGCCUGACUCAUUCUCUUUUUAUCAAAGAGAGAAAAUGGGCUAGUACAGGAGAUACGCUUUGAAAGGGACCCUGAGAUGGAUUUUGUUUAAUUAAAUGAUGUCAAUACAGAUUUGACUAUAUAAUUUUUUUUUGUUUCUACAUAUAGCUAUUGAUGUGGGAGUUUCUAAGAAAGUGUUUUGAUCAAUAGUCAUCUUCACUAGAACAAGUUUGGAAGUACAAAGCACUUCCAUUUUGUUAACAGUAUUUGAUCCAUGACUAAUUGCUUUUAUCCUGUGAAGCUGUGUUUCUGUAAAUGUAUCUUUAUGGUUUUAAUGAGUGUUUCUGAAGUCUAAAACUAACCCUUAUAGCUGUAUGAACAAAUUCUUCAAGAGCUAGGAGAUGAGUUUAGUUCAGUGGUUCAAUUUUCCCUUUUUUUGUGUAUUUUUAAGGCUUUUAAUUAUUACUAUAGCAUCUGAGAAACAUGAGGUACCCCACAGUGAAAAUGAGAAUACAGGUUCUUAUUGCAAGUAAGUUACAUCAAGUUCUAGUCUGGGAUGUAACAGUGGUCAGUUUGCACAGGCUUCACAGCUGCGUGAAAGCUUCAUUUCAGUGACUGAGAUUUACAAACGGGGCAUAGGGGCUGUAAGGAGAUGAGAUAUAUGUAGAUAUAUAGUCAGUAAAACUGGUCUAAUUCCUACAGCUGGGUGGAAUGUGUAAAAAGUAAAAAAUCAGUUUUUUACAUGGCAGUGAUUCUAGACCAUUGUUAACCCUAAAUUCCAUUUUAUAAAAUAUUUUUUCUUCUGUCUUUCUAUAACUUGUUUUGAUUAAAAGUCAAAUACAAAGGCCACAGACCAAAUACAAGCACUUCCAGUGUUAUAAAUAUCACAGCAUAAUGAAAUGAGGAGGAUUACUUUUCUUAACUGAAGACUAGCAAGAGCUGUGCUUUAGUAGGUGAGAAUUCCUCUCAUUUCCAGUCAAAUGUUUCACAUUUCCUUGAAUUAAGUAGGUUUUGAUUUCUCAAACUGAUACUGUCUGAUUAUAUGAUAAUUUGUAGCUGGGAAGCUUUCAGGAAGUUUCUUGCUGUUUUCAGAGAUAAAAUGCUCACAUUACACAAAUUUAUGUGCUUGAGUAUUUACCAGACUUUUUAUGCAUUGUUCAUUCUGCAUCUGGUUUUGACUUUAAAAAAAAUUGUGGUUUUUCACUGUUGAAGGAAUAAUCUUUGGAGUAAAGUAAACCAAGCUGAAGAAGGAAGUCAUACCUCAAGUAAGGGGACAUAAUAUUCUCAGCAAAUACAUUAUUUAAAACAGUGCAUGAUGAACUUGGCCCAUUAUGUGCAGUCUUCAUCUUCCACUGAAGGAACUGCUGGUGACUGUAGCUGUGAGUUAGACAUUGGACUUACAGUAAAUGUUGCUGAUGUGGCAAAUGAUCUGAUCCUCAGGCAGAUUUUGCCAGAGUAUGCUCUGGUCUUGCACUUCUGCCCUGAGAAUGAUGGGUGUCUUUGUCCAGGUGGCCAAUAUUGUCAGGACAAUAAAUCGAUGUUCUUUCUUCUCUGGCCGGGAGGAAGUGUGGAGGAGGGAAGAUGGUCUUCCUUCCAGAGGAUAUUUGCCUUUGCCAUAGUGAUAGAAAAAGCUGAUGAAAAAAAAAAAAAGGCAAAACAGAAGGGUCAGAAAACUUAUGGCAAAGGAAAAAACAAUGAGAAUAUUGUAUAUGUCAGGACUCUGGUUGCCAUUUCGUAAACAACCUUCUUCCUAUUUUUGUAUAUUUUACUUGGAUAUCCUGUUUCUUUCUUUAUCCCUUGUGUGACACUGGGAGUCUGUGAAGGACUGAAGCCGUAGAAAGUUUUCAUCUAUGGUUUAUUUGUGGAGAUUUUCCUGCUAAAAUUGAGAAGUGUUUAAAGAGUGAUAAUAGAUGUUACUAAAAUGGUAAAUGCCAACUUUCUUCCAGGAGAAGAAUGGAAAGAAAAUCAACAGAAAAUAGUGAUUUUGACUAUAUGCAUUAGAGAUUUACUAUUUCAUAUAUUUCAUUUGAAACAUCUUUGCAUUUUGAGAUCAGUUUUGACAUGAUCUUUAAGUUGUGUUGCAAAGCCAACUUCUGCUCUUUAGGUAAAGAUACUCUUUCUGAUAAAAUUUGCAAAUUUUUGUACUAUGGCAAAGAGCCCUCUGAGCUACAGCCAAGCUUGGUGCUGCAGCCCUGGGCUGAAUGGUGCAGCAUAGCAGGAGCUCAUCUAUAAAGUAUCUAAGAAUCAUAUUCCUCAUGACUUCAGUUACACCAAUCCUUGUUAGCAAAGUCACUUUUUAGCCUUUGAGUCAUUCCAAUUUGCAGCAGUAGUAAAUGAGAUGCUUUCAAUGUUAAGAAAGGUAAGACCUUACACAGCUGAAGAGAACAAUGCAAUGUCUAAUAGUAUAUCUAGAAGAUUCUCUGUUCGAGGCUGUUGGGCUUUAGACUAAGCCAGAAUGAAAACUUAAGUAAGAAUGGAACAUGAUUAAUUUAAGGAAAAUUUUAGAGGCAGGUGCCAACAGGCAGCUUUGUAACAGUUGUAGUGAAAGUCACCGGAUGGUGAGGCAGCCAAAACAGGGUGACAGGACUGUGAGAUGGCCUGGGAGUAAUGCAUUAGCAGCAGUUGGCAGGUUGUACAAUUCAAAAGUUUGACAGAGUCUCUGUGCAAAAUUGGGAUGCUCAGAAGAGCUCAUUUGAUAAAGUUCAGUGGCAUUCUAGAUUCAGGAAUGACUGAGAUGAUUAUUUUGCAGUUGCAUGGAGAAAAACAUUUUGCAGUAGUAGUACAGAGGAGAGGUGUAUAAAGCAGCAGAGUUGGUUUUAGGUUGGCAGAACAGAGCAGAUGAUUCCUGAGUUCUAACUGAACUAGUGUUAGUUAAUACUAUGAAUUUCUGUUUUUCUGUGUUGUUUAGAAUAAGAUUUUGAAAGGCUACAAGCUUUAGAAAUACAUGUCAGUAAAUUUGUGUUUCCAAAGCUCUUAAAUAUUUCUUUCCAUUUACUCAUACGAUUUUUCUUGUAUUGAAUUAUGCUCUCAAAAACACAGAUUCAGUGCAAAGAGGCCAUCUCUCUCUGAGUCCCUGUGUAAGGAACUUGUAUGACUUGUGCUUCCACCAUUCUCAAGCUUUUAUCUUUUAAUCUGCUUUUGGCCAGUUUCAGAGAUGAGAUUCUGGCUUGAAAAAAUUCUGACUGGUUGCAGGUGUUUAUAUAUUCUGAUAAAAAUCUAAGUUUGAGUUACCAAAGCCUUAGUGGAGUGUCAAAGCCUGGAUAUAUUAUCUGUCCAUCUCUGUCUCUCUAUAACAACUACACUGAUGAGCACAUUCAAACAGGAUUUGAAUUGUGAAAUGCUGGAGAUGGGAGUGAGAUCUGGAGAACUAGCUAGUGUCUGACCUGCUUUCCAUGAUUCUUAUCAGGAUUCAGCGGAAUAUUGAAUUGGCUGGAAAAACCCUCUUCCUCUUGCAAAAGCAGACCUUUAUGUCAAAAUUUUUGGUGUAGAGUUGCCUUUCUUUUAAUAUAUGAUGGAAAAGAUAAAAAGCAAAGAGUUCAGAACAUAAGGGAGAAAGAGCAGCAGCAGAACUUAUGUAUGAAAAAGUUUCCUUUCAGUGUAAGAAGGUAAAAAGUGUAACCUCCAAUACAAAAUAUUUAAUGUAUUUUGUAGUAUAUGUAAAUAAGAAUAAGAGAAUAAAAAUAUUCUCUAUAAUAGUUUUUUCUGCUGUAUGUGGUAGCACCCUUUGUUCUUUUAUUUCAGCUACUUGAUAAGACAAACUAGUUUUACUAAAUUAUGUGAGAUAUUGAAGACAAUACUAUUUAAUAACGUUUCCAGAAUUUUAUUUAAUAUCUAUUUCCUGUUUUCAAUUUUUUCCAUUUUUUGUUCUUUUAUCUACUUACAUUAUUUACUGUGUUUUGUGGAGCAACUCUAAGUGAUUCCUGGUUUGUCAGGAAAGAUUUUAAGUUUUAGCAUAAGAACAACUUAUGGUGUUUGAAAGCAUUUGUUUUACUAUUCUUUCAAAUAGCCUCUCAUUAUGUGAACCCUGGAAAUUUAACAAAGAAAUUAGUGCCAGGGCUGACAUUCACACAUACCUUGAGUAGUAAGUUUCUCAGAGAAGAGCCUUUGGAAUUUAUUUCUAUGUAAAGCACUAUUAUAUUGACAAGAAUGGUAGAUUUCAUUUCUCUUUAACAGCAAGAUCUUAAGGCUGCCUCGGGCUCCUGGGUAAUUCCUGCAUAUUCCUAUGGGAAGCACAAAGCUGCUGUCACUGUUCCCGAACACUUCUGUGUGUUGUAAACCCAGAUGUGACAAUACAGCCUAUACUUGCUUUCACUCCAGGCUCUUGACAUUCCAUGUGCUUGAGGGAGCUCUCUGAAUAAUGUAAACAUUUCUCUUUUGAGACACAGGGAGCAAUCACAGCCAAGAUGAAACUGAAAGCUCUCAGUCCCAUACUGAGUUAGGCUUGUGUUGUGUUUAACCUUCAGUGACCUUAAGGAGUUACCGUGAAAUUGUUGCAACUGUAAGUUGUUGUGACUUGGUUAUCAUGAGAUUACCAAGAAGUCACAGACGAUUUCUUGCUUGGUUUCAUGUCCCUAUUUCUGCUAAUUAGAUCAUGACAGGAUUUCCAGUUAUUCACAGUGGUUUGCUUCACAGCUGUGUGCCAAAAGAGUGCUAUUCACAGUCUAAUAGAUAAUUGUGUCUGUCAGUGAAAACACUAACUUGGUUGUCUGAGUUUUUGUCUUAGUUUUCCAUCUAAGAAAGCUUCGGAAGGAUAUACCGAAUCCUAAAUGGAGUAUUGUACAAUACAAGUCCUGACAAAAACAGGUGAAUACCAUAAUAUGAAAUGCAUUCAUUGAAAUGAUAAAUUUUAUUAAGAAGAAUAAGAAAAUAAAAGAUCGAGGUACCAAGUCACCGUGCUACUUGAUAUCCUGCAUAGAGAAAGAUGUUACAGAGGGACAUACAUGUACCUCAUGACUGAAGAACAGGAAGGAGAUGGGAAAUAGGGACGUGACUGAUCCACAGGUGCAUUGGAGAGUGACUGCUGUUAAAGCUUUUGAAAUGGAGAUUAUACCUGCUAAUAAAAUUGUUGCCCAGAUUGGAGAAACGCUCGUACUCACAUGCAAUACUACUGGCUGUGCAUCACCAAGUUUUUCCUGGAGAACACAAAUGGACAACCCCCUCGGAGGAACAGUGAACAACCAUGGGACAUACUCUACCUUGACUAUGAAUCCAGUUAGUGUUGUGAAUUCUCAUGAUUAUCUGUGUACUGUCUUCUGUGAUAAGAAAGGGAAAAAAGAGAAGAGUGUCAAAGUUGAACUUUACUCUUUCCCCAGUGAUCCUAUCAUUGAGAUCAGCCCAUCCUCAGUUGCUGGAGGAACAGUCACUGUCAUCUGUAAAAUUCCUGAUGUGUAUCCUUCUGAGCACCUGGAGCUAAUCCUAAAGAAAGAGGAACAUGUUCUUCACGAAAAACAUUUUUAUGGAGAUGACAGCACAAAUACAGAGACCAAAACUGUGACAUAUUCAUUUAUUCCCAUGGCUGAAGAUAUUGGGAAAGAGAUUACCUGUGUGGCCAAGUUACCAGUUCCUUAUAUGGACUUUAAACCCAAAGAAAGAGUAUCUUCUCAGAAACUGAAUGCAAAUUUUGGUCCACAAAAUACUAUCAUUACUGCAUCUCCAGGCAACUCACCAAUGGAAGGAGACUCUCUAAAACUCACUUGUGUGACUGAGAGCAACCCACCACCACAAAUAGUUUGGAGAAAACAUUUGGCUGAUGAAAGCAUUCAGCAUCUGAUAAAAAACAAUGUCCUUUCUAUUCCCCAUGCCCGUUUCAGUGAUUCAGGAUUGUACAUCUGUGAAGUAAUUAAUCUGGUAACUAAUAGAACAGAGACUGCAACUGUGGACAUUGUUAUACAAGGUGCUCCAGUCAUUACAGAGCUCUCCAUUGAGCCUUCUACAACAGUUCAAGAAGGAGAAAAUGUUUCCAUACAAUGUUCUGCUGAGAGUAAUCCUCCUCCCAAGAUUAUUUUAAGGAGAAAAUCUGACAGUGCAGACAUGGAGCCUUUCAGUGCAGGGAGCAUUCUCCUUCUUCCAUCUGUGAUGUUCCUAAAUGGAGGAGGCUAUGAAUGUGUAGCAGAAAAUAAGUUUGGGAACAGUAAAAGUGAAAUAACACUUAAUGUGGAAUAUGGACCAAAGAAUACAAUGAUCUCUGUUACCCCUGCUACUGCUGUUAAAGAAGGAGAAACUGUGGUGAUGAAAUGUACUAGUUCUGGCAAUCCAUCUCCUGUGAUCUCUUGGAAGAAAAAGAAAGCCACUGGGGAGUUUGAGAACAUUUUUAGAAAUGCAACUUUAACUAUACAGAACUUAAAAAGUCAAGAUCUGGGGCUUUACGAAUGUGAAGCUUAUAACCAACUUGGCAAGGAAGAAAAAGCUGUGAAAUUAUUUGUUCAAGCAAGAUUGGAAAACCCAGAUCAGAUGUUACCACUGAUUAUUGCAUUCUCCUCUGUAGCAGCGGUAGCAGUACCUGUAGUUGCAAUUUUGAUCUACGUGUCAAGAAAAGCAAAGAUAAAUGGAUCCUACAGUCUUGUAAAAGCACUCAGGUUGAAAGUGUGAUCACAUGAAUAUAAGUCUUUAGUUGAUAUUAAGCAAAUUUAUUUAUUGUUGUGACUGGUUCUACUCUUCUGGUAACAAACAAGUGACUUAAGAACAGCGCCAUGUGAUAGCAAAUGGCUUUUUUUCAUGUUUUGAUAAGUGUUUUGGUAUUCAAAUUAAAGGAAAAGCUAGCAUCCUCUCCUAGAAAUUGGUAAAUCACUUCUGUGUUGAAGCAUGCUGGACAAAGAGUUCUGUGGAGAACCAAGUUUGUACAUAGUGUAUAAUUUAUGUUAUAAAUAUGUUCAACUAAAUAUCAGUUUGUAAAAUUGCAGUCUUACGUACAGAGAAAUUUUGUUAAUUCAAAGAUAUAAAUCGUCAUUGCUUGAGCUCAUCAGGUGAUAUUUUGUAUUACUCUGCAGCAUGAAUGUUUUUAAUAUCAUUUGUCUGCUUGUGUUUGGAAAAUGUUCUGGUUUCACUGAUAUUACCAUAAAUCCUGUACCUUCAAUGAAGUUACACAA